AGCAAACACCAACUCCAAAAUCAAUCACAAAAGCAAGAGGCCGUCUUGAACAUCAGACCAUGAUGAUGAUGAUGUUGGCUCAUUCGUCAUCGCCAUGCCGUCAUGUUCGACUCUUUCGUUUGGCACAUCAACGAGUAGUAUCCGUUCGAUCCUACCAUGCGUCUACUGGCCCCAAGAGCAGUUAUAGUCGCAUGCUGGACAUGGGAGGGGCUCCCGGAGCCGCCACGACCAAGAACAAUGUGCGAUUACAAAAUGCCAGCAAAAACAGCAAAGUCCAAGCCGUCGCCUUUGAUUUUGAGUUGUUGGUAAAGGCCAUUCAUCAUGAUCAAGACGAUUUGUCACCUGCUGUCACAACAACAACAUCAUCAUCCCCCAAGAUCCAGUCCAGUACGACGACCGUCAUCACACCGGACACGACCCGCAUUGAAGAAGUGGCCAGUCUAUUAAAGGUCGAUCUCAGCGGUCAAGAUGGCGUUAUCCAGAGAAUAUCAUCCGAAGAAGAGGAUGACUUGUCGGCGCUGAUAGGAAAGAAAGAGGGGCAAAGCAACAAGAGUAGAAAUCAACAAAACAGCGACAAUAAGAAAUCGGAAGGCAUUCCCAAGUCGCUACAAGAUAUCCGUGCCAAAUAUGCCAACAAAUUGCACAAAAAGGGAGUCGAUGGUGGCAUUGCGAGCGUCGAAUUACUCAACUAUCAACGAGACGAAGCACUGAAACGAGGAGAUGCCGAAGGACAUUGGGCGGCACGCAAAAUUGCCAUGGGCCAGCCACAACAAUCUUCUGGAGCAAGUCGGUGGAUGGCACUCACGGGUACGGGCAAUCUCCUCAGCACACUGACGCAUCGGUCCAUGAAAAUUGCCUUGUUGCCGCGUCCCAACAAUGCGGAUAGCCAUCCACAACAAAUGGUGGACUUGACCAAGCAGCUAAAAGAUGUUGUCUUUGAUGUCCUCAUUGAGCUUCCCAAGAACGACAACAGCCAAGAAGCCUCCAUGGUGAAAACAACACUGGAGAAAUUAGCUCUGGAUCCCAAGGUCAUUCUGUUUGUCAGUGAUCAAGACUCAUUUCUCAGAGAAGCCAAAGAUCUGGGCAUGAUGACGUGCCGGAUACGACCUUUGAAUGCACGACGAGGGAAUGUAUCGGCGCACUACACGGUCGAGACGGUCUUGCAAGUCCAGGAUAUUGUCAAUGAAAUGAACGGGAUAUCCUUCAAUGCCGUACUCAACAUGUAGCCAUAACCAUAAUACAACAAGUCCACACCAGACGUUACACGACAUGCAGUCGGAAGGUACUGUAGAAGCACUAGAUUUUUUUAGUGAUUGCUGCUACACAAGCUACG